AUGGGGGACCCCAGCAAGCAGGACAUCCUGACCGUCCUCAAGCGCCUCCGCUCGGUGCCCACCAACAAGGUGUGUUUUGAUUGUGGCGCCAAAAACCCCAGCUGGGCGAGCAUCACCUACGGGGUGUUCCUCUGCAUCGACUGCUCAGGGUCGCACCGGUCGCUGGGCGUUCACCUGAGCUUCAUUCGAUCUACAGAGCUGGAUUCUAACUGGUCUUGGUUCCAGUUGCGCUGCAUGCAAGUCGGAGGAAACGCUAACGCAGCGUCCUUCUUCGACCAGCACGGCUGCACCACCAGCGACACCAAGGCCAAGUACAACAGCCGCGCGGCGCAGCUCUACCGGGACAAGAUCAAGUCGCUGGCCGCCCAGGCUGCGCGGAAGCACGGCACUGACCUUGGGGCCAAAAAAGGCAGCCUGGGAGCCCAGAAGCUGACGAGCACGUGCUUCGAUGAGAUGGAGAAGCAAGCCCAGGCUGUGGACAAGAUGAAGGAGCAGGAAGACCUGGCCAGGACGGCGCCCAAGGAGGACUCGAUAGUCUCGUCCUUACGGCUGGCCUACAAGGACCUUGAGCUUCAGAUGAAGAAAGAAGAGAAGAUGACCGUGGGCGGGAAGACGAAGGCGGAGUCGGAGCGGCUGGGCAUGGGCUUCGGGAACUGCAGGAGUGGCAUUUCACAUUCAGCAACCUCAGAUAUGCAGACCAUUGAACAGGAAACACCAGUCACAGCCAAACCGCGGAAAAAGUACAGCGAUGACAGCGAUGACUCAUACUUUACCUCCAGCUCCAGGUACUUCGACGAGCCGAUGGAGCUACGGAGCAGCUCCUUCUCCAGCUGGGACGACAGCUCCGACUUCUACUGGAAAAAGAAGAGCAUCAAAGAGACCGGCACGGUUCCGAAGGCCACAGGCUAUUCCGACAGGCCGCCUGCUCGCCGCAAGCCGGACUGCGAGCCCGCCGGGAGCACGGACGAGGCCCAGAAGAAGUUCGGCAACGUCAAAGCCAUUUCCUCCGACAUGUACUUUGGGAGACAAGACCACGCCGACUUUGAAACGCGGGCACGGCUGGAGCGGCUCUCGGGAAGCUCCUCCAUCAGCUCAGCCGACCUGUUUGACGAGCAGCGGAAGCAGGCGGCAGGAAACUACAACCUCUCGAGUGUGCUGCCCACCGCCCCCGACAUGGCGCAGCUGAAGGAGGGUGUGCGCUCCGUCGCCGGGAAGCUGUCCGUCUUCGCCAACGGAGUCAUGACCUCCAUCCAGGAUCGCUAUGGUUCCUAA